GGGAGCGGCGGGGGCCUGGGGCCCCGGAUUGAGCCCUCCCCGCCCGGGGUCCCGACGCGCUCGGUCUCGGGGAGGCCCGGACGCGUCCGUCGCAGGCCGGGCGGUGAGCGGCGGGCGGCGGGGAGGGGGCUCCGCGGAGCGGGAGGCGGCCCCUGGCUGCGCGCCCGGCGUCCGGCGUCCGGUCACCGCGAUUCCCACCCCCUCCCGGCCGCACCAUGGCCCUGAAGGCCGAGGGCGCCGCGCUCGACUGCUUCGAGGUGACGCUCAAAUGCGAGGAAGGGGAGGACGAGGAGGAGGCCAUGGUGGUGGCCGUAAUUCCGCGGCCCGAGCCGAUGCUCAGAGUGGCCCAGCAGGAAAAGACCCCACCACCUAGGCCCAACCUGCUGGAGGCGGGCGGCGACGGCUGUGAGGAGCCCAGGCAGCAGGUGUCUUGGGAACAGGAGUUCCUGGUGGGAAACAGCCCAGGAGGCAGCGGGCGGGCACUGUGCAUGGUGUGUGGGGCCGAGAUCCGGUCCCCCUCCGCGGACACGGCGCGCAUGCACAUUCUGGAGCAGCACCCUCACACCCUGGACCUGAGCCCUUCGGAGAAGAGCAACAUCCUGGAGGCCUGGAGUGAGGGGGUGGCCCUUUUGCAAGACGUCAGAGCUGAGCAGCCUUCUUCACCCACCUCAGACUUGGGCCAGGAUGUCGAAGCUGACCCAGACUCUGACCCAGACCCUGCCAAAAUGCCAGCAGAGAUUGUCGUCCUCCUGGACUCUGAGGACAACCCAUCUCUCCCGAAAAGGAGCCGGCCCAGGGGACUCCGCCCCCUCGAGUUUCCUGCUGCCCCCGCCUCAGAGCCAGGAAACAAGAAGCCCCGUGGUCAGAGAUGGAAGGAGCCUCCUGGGGAAGAGCCAGUUAGAAAGAAAAGAGGCAGACCCAUGACCAAAAACUUGGACCUGGAUCCAGACCCUGACCCAGGUGACGGGGAGGCCCAGUGUGGGUGCGGGCAUGGGCUCUGGCCACGGUGCUCCGAGAGGAAAGCCAAGCCGGUGAGGGGGGCGGUGGGGUCCAGGUCUUUGGAUUCUGACUUUAGUAGCGAUAGGCCGCUCAGACCCACAGUUCCGUCUCGUGCUUCCUUUCAGACCCCCCAUCGCCCGACUCCCCCACGGAGACUUUUGCGGCUCCCGCUGAGGUCCGGCACUUCACCGACGGCAGCUUCCCCCCUGGCUUCGUCCUCCAGCUCUUCUCCCACACCCAGCUCAGGGCCUCAGACAGCAAGGACUCACCCAAAGAGGAGAGAGCUGCUGAAGGGGGCCUUCCCCAGCCGGAAAGCCCCUCUCCAGCUCCCCCUCCGGGGCUUCGCGGGACACUGGAUCUCCAGGUUAUCCGCGUACGGAUGGAGGAGCCCCCGGCAGUCAGCCUCCUGCAAGACUGGUCCAAGCACCCCCAGGGCGCCAAGGGUGUGGGAGCAGGUGACACCCCAAACUGGCCUACAGUUCUGUCGGAAUCCAGCACCGCUGUCGGGGGGCAGCCAGAGGCAGGGAGUGGUGUAUAGGUUCUUGCUUUCCUGGGGAGGCGGGAAGGGAAGAGGCGGGGUCCCCCUUUGGCUUAUCACUCAGAGCUGCCCAGCUCGGCCACCUGAUGGAGAGAGUAAAACUGGGUGCCAAGGCAGGCUGGAGGAGAGGGCGGGGGGCAGCAUCCACUGUCACUCGGGGGCAUUGGCAGACGCUCCCGGCAAGGCAUGGGGCCGGGCCCUGAGAGGGGCAGGCUGGCCUGAGGGCAGUCGUGCGGUAGGGCAUUGGGCCUGUGGAGAACACCUACCCCAAUCCUUUUGCUGACCCAGACCUCUCCGUCCCCCCUCCCAGCCCCCACCAUUCUCCCUUGGCACAGUGCCUUACACAAGAGGUGGUCAUGAUGGGGUUUGAACUGAGUCCCACUACCUCGGGGGACGCCUCUCCUCCCCCACCCGUUCAGGCUCCUAAACCAGGAGGCCUCCAUUACCUCUUCCCGUUCCAUCCCUGCAGGAGGCCCAAGCAGCCCACCUGGGGGCUUUUGUUCACUCCCUUCUUUCACCUGUUUUCCUGUUGUAUAUAUCUCCUUUGUUGACAAUAAAUUAUUUUUUUUUAUUAAGAGA